GGCUCGCAGUCAGUUCCAAACAGAACGUUUUGAAAUUUCGGUGCGUCCGUAGGAAUCUCCUCGAAUAGGUUCCAGCCCCGAAGCGCUAGUGAAUACUAAGCAAAAGUGAUACAGUGAAUUUAUUUAGGUGCGGAGCAGUGAGAGUAAUUAAUUGCAAAGAAAAAUGUCGAGCAUUAAGGAAAGCCUUUUGACGGAAGUUGCCGAGACUCUUCCAUCCGCUGGCAAUAAGGUAACUGUUGUUGGUAUUGGUCAAGUAGGAAUGGCCUGCGCCUUCAGUAUUUUGGCACAAGGUGUAUCAAAUGAACUAUGUCUAGUCGAUUGUAUGGCCGAUAAACUUACUGGUGAAAUGAUGGAUCUUCAACACGGUUCCAACUUCCUUAAGAGUCCAAAAAUCACCUCAGGAACUGAUUACGCUAUCACCGCCGGAUCUCGCCUCUGUAUUGUUACUGCUGGAGCUCGCCAAAGGACUGGUGAAAGCCGAUUGGAUUUGGUCCAACGUAACACUGACAUUUUGAAGGGAAUCAUUCCUAAACUAGUCGAAUACAGUCCAGAUACUAUUAUUUUGAUGGUUUCUAACCCAGUUGACAUUAUGACUUAUGUCGCAUGGAAAUUGUCUGGCUUGCCAAAGAAUCGUGUCAUUGGAUCUGGCACCAAUUUGGAUUCGUCACGUUUCCGUUUCCUUAUGUCUCAACGCUUGGGUGUUGCACCAACAUCUUGCCACGGAUGGAUUAUUGGUGAACAUGGUGAUACUAGUGUACCAGUAUGGUCUGGUGUUAAUAUUGCUGGUGUACGAUUGAGGGAAAUCAACCCAACUGUUGGUACCAGCGAAGAUCCAGAAAAAUGGAAUGAAUUGCACAAACAAGUUGUUAACAGUGCUUAUGAAGUUAUCAAGCUAAAGGGUUACACCUCAUGGGCCAUUGGUUUGAGCUGCUCUGCACUUGCUUCAGCUAUUCUUAAGAACACUAACAAUGUACACGCUGUUUCAACAUCAGUCUUAGGUGAACAUGGCAUCGACAAGGAUGUUUUCCUAUCAGUUCCAUGCGUCCUCAACGCCAACGGUGUCACCCAUGUUGUUAAGCAACUCUUAACCGAAACUGAGAUUGCGCAGCUCCAAAAGUCUGCCAACUUAAUGCAUGAAGUACAAACUGGCCUCAAAUUUUAAACUAUUUAUUCAACUAAUGCAUUAAAGUUAAGCAUCCAUUGCUUUACUUUAAAAAAACUUUAUCUUUGUUUAUUACACAUUUGCCAUUUAAAUGGAAUCUUCAUUUCGAAUUAUGUCAUAAUAUGUAUUUUUUGAGAAUAUUUCAUAGUUGAAAAAGUAUUAUUUUACCAGGUCUUUUAUUUUUUGGAUUUAGACGAGCCAAAGUUUUUAUUGUAUGCUUUCUUUUCAUACAUCUUAGAAGAUAAUAUAAAUUAUUUCAAAUCAUGAAUAUAUUUUUAAGAUCAAUAAACACGCUAGUAUUCAAUCA